AUGGCCAUCAUGGCCCGGCUCCCAAUGGGCCCCACUUCACGUGCUGCUAAGAUCUUUCCUUCCACAGCGGCAGAUGCCUCCAAAGCCGCAGCCCGGCCCACGCAGGACCGUGCCAUGCGUGGUGGAAAGGGGGGCAAUGAGUUGGAUUGGUACAUGUCGAACAUGGGUUGGUUUUCGGCUAUGGCCGGUGGCAAGGGUGGAGACCGCUACCAGCCCUACUGA